UUUUUCACUGUCACUCAAUCGAUCCGUCACAACAAAAUUGUAGCUGUAUUUUUACGAGAAAAUUGUGAUUCAAAUUAUUCUAGAUAGAAAAUUUCUUUUUUGUUGAUCAAAAUUGUAAUAUUUACUAAAUUGUUCAUAAUUUGGAAAAAUGGGAAGUAUAGAGGAAGCGUGCAUCACCGGAUUCCUGUGCCGGUUGUGCUCCCAGAUCCAUCGUUCAGUGAUUUUCAUUUACGGUGCCGAAGGAGACAAGCAUAAGCUGGAACAGAAAAUCAACAACUAUCUUCCCGUAAAGAUUGCUCCAUCCGAUCCUCUCCCGAAGACCGUUUGCGAAGGAUGUAUGAAUAAGGUGAUUCAACAUCAUGGAAUGAUUCGAAAAAUCGCCGAAACACAGAAAAAGUUCAAAAAAUUGCAAGAAGAAGAGAUGUUGCUUCAACAGCAACGAAACAGGAACAACCAGAGCGCUCAAUCAUCCAACCAGAACCAAGCCACCAGCGCAUCCUCCACGGCAAGUGCAAGUAACAGCCGCACUAACGGUAUCGGCAAUAGCGCAAGCUCUCAAAUAGCACCGUCUGAGCGAACAUCAGGCAGCACCUCUACGGGAUCAGUCUCAAUUAUCACCCCUAGUUUAAACCGUAGGAUAACUCGCCAAACCCUUCGGAUCCACCAGCAAUUGCAUAAUGACAUAAAUAACUACAUCGAAACAAUGGAUAGCAGUUCACCUUCGUCGGACGAUGAUAGCGAUAGUGACAGCGGAGACGGUAAUUAGAUGUAUCUAUUAACAGUAACAACAAUGUUUCAUUUUAAUGUCCUUCCGCCACCGCUGCCGCGUUGGACGAGUUGCAGUAGUAUGCAUUGCUAACUAUCCAAGUGGGUUCAAGGACGGUCAGAAGUGAACAAUAGUCGUACGUACACCACAUACAAGCAGAUAUAGCAUUGAAUGUCUGUCUGUCGGUGCAUACACUUUGGCACACAUGACGAUUUUAGAGAGUAGGAAGGCUGUAUUACUAUUGUCGGUAUAGAUAUGAAUCCACUGAGCUCCACUGUCCAUCCUUCGUUCGUAAGGCAGGAUAGAUGGACUGCUAGCUAUCGUAUAUUGCGAUUAUGUUCUGUACUCCUAAUUGAACUGAAGUGUAAUAAUAAUAAAUUAUGAAUAAAGUA